AGCACUCUGUGCAGAACCAUCUUCUGAAACAUCUCAAUUGCACAUCUGAAUCAUGGAUGAGGUUCAAGCAUCCCAGCUACCAACACCAUGUGGGAAUUAUGCAUACGUAGGAUAUCCAACUAAUCAAUGUUCUACACGUUAUGAGUAUGACCAGCCUAGACAUACAUUUGGAGGAUACUAUGAACAGCCAAGGCAUGAUCCAUACUAUAACACAUAUGGCUACGCUGAGGCUAACGACUACCAGGACUAUCAAGGAUACCAAGCCCAACCAACACCUCCAAGUUCAGACCCCGCCAUUAGUGAGUUGGCAAAGACUUUGCAAAUGAUGCAACAGCAGAUGGAUCAAAUGGCCACCUCAUUAAAUGCGAUAAUGUUAAGAAGAGAGGAAGAGCUUUAAGAUGUAUGGGAUGAUGAUGAAAGUUCACAAGUUCAAGAACAAGC